UAAGUCAAAAUAAAUGUCAUAAAUUAUUCAUACUUAUUUACAAAAUGGCCGCAUUCGAGGCCGUAAGUAAACUUUCUGUUCGGCCUUUCGAUCGUCAGUCAUUGAUAGAUUUUAGAGUUACUCAACUACCAGAAGAAAAGCCACCUGACGAUGAUUUUGAUCCAAGGGACCAUAGAGAACCCAAAGCCCCUAUUAAACCGUGGAUGGCUUACUUCAAUCUCAUGCGAACACUAUGGGGUGCUGGUGUGCUGGGUCUGCCUUUAGCUGUUAGUCAAGCCGGUAUCAUACUUGGACCCAUAAUGACAACGGCGUUGGGCCUUCUGAUUAUACACAUGCAUUUGACUUUGCUAUGGUGUCUCAAUGAAAUCAGUCGACAACUGAAGAUUCCAUACAUAUCAUACAGGUAUGGUUUUCGCAUAGCGCUUUUACAUGGACCAACCAUUUUGCACAGGAUCGGAGAAAAGGGCCCAAUGAUAAUAUCAAUAUUUAUGCUUUUAAGUCAAUUAGGGAUUUGCACGGUUUUCGUCAUAUUUACAACCGAUAGUUUAAGGGAUAUUAUGGAUUGGAAAACUUCAAAACCGGCGAUAUUGUCUCUGUUGAUUCCAUAUCUAUUCCUACAAUAUUUUAUGAAGACAUUGUCAAUUGUCAGCUAUAUAUCAAUGCUUGGUAAUUACUUGAACAUGGCGGGUCUUAUACUGAUAAUAUACCACAUUUUCUUAGCACCUCAUGGAGUAAUUGUAUACGCGUGUACGGAUGCAUUAGCUUUAUUCUUCGUCAUUGGAACUAUCUUGUUUAACUUGAGCGCGGUUGCUGUCAUACUAUCCAUAGACAAGGCUUUAAAGGAUCCAAAAGUAUUGACGAAGCCGUGCGGAAUGCUCACUGUGGGCAUGUUUAUUCCAACCGUUUUUACAACUGUGUUCGGUGUGCUUGGUUAUUGGUCCUUUGGCACGAUGGAGGAAAAUGUCCUAAGAUCUUUGCCUUUCGAUGAUUAUUUAGCAAUGGCAUCGAUUGGCUUAUACCUUAUAGCUAUAGCCUUCGCCUACCCCAUACAAUGCUACCCGGCAAUAUCCAUGAUUGUAGAUGUGGUCAAAAAUUGGCACCCGCAAGACCCACCAUCCGAUGAGAUGUUGAAAUGGAUCGAGGCUACAUCCAGACCCGUGUUUGUUAUGACUUCAUGUGUGUAGCUCAAUUUAUCUGUUUUUUUUAUUGAAUUAAGUAUGUCUAAAGGCGCAAAGUUGGAUUAAGCAUGCGACUCUGAACCCUAAGGUCGAUCCUGACGAUUAGUUAGUUUUAGUAUUUUUGAAGUGAUAACUUCUUAGGGAGGGUAGGCCGCUACGUUACGUAACGCGUUACGGCACCAGUAUGUCUAGCUCCCCUUUCUCUCACGCAUGUGGCAGGGUCCCCCUCUCUCACUUCAGACGCUUUCCCCUCUAUCUACUCGGUGUUUAGUGUGCGUUCGACAUUUACUGUUAAAUAAAAACGGUGAUAAUUUGAGGUAUAUCACCUCGGUUUUUUAAAGUGAUUAUAAAAAAUAUGAUGAAUGAACUAGAGCAUAAUCAUCGGAACAUUACAGAAUCUCCUAAAGAAAAGUAAGUUUACAACAAGUUUACGCAGCGUCUAUAUCUUGAAUUUAUAUAUACCUUUGACUUUGAUAGUGAUUGUUCUAAAAAUCUCUCUCUAUUAAGAAUUUUAACGCUAUUGAAAUGGAAGUCGUUGCAGAUGUAACACAUGAAAUAUACAAUCAACACGAACAUCACCAACAUAUUCAAAUGCUAAACGCCAGAGCAAGAACAACUUCAGCAUGAUGUUAAAAUAAAUAAACGUCAAUCACAAUCUAAUGCUGAGGGAAACGAAAAUAUAGAAAAUCAUUACGUGAACAACAACUACACCAACAAUUGAAAGAUAUUAUUGCAAUAAUAGUGGUGAGUAUAUCCAGUAUAGGGAAUGCAAUCCCGAUCUCGCGGGAUCGAGAUCCCGUGUAAUUUUUCGGGAUCAAUCCCGAAGCAUAAUAUGACGAGAUCCCGUUCGAGAUUGACGGGAUUGGGCUGCAAUGGUCAGCGAUUCUACACACAUCCGCUCGGGACAAUACAUAGGGUACAUUGCAAUGGACAUUAGAUGCCGGUUAGCAGAUAGCACUCUUGAGACACUUUAGAAGAUACUCUUUUUUUGGAAGUUACUUUCAAAAUCACCAAUUUUAAUCUCCUUGAGCUAUACCUACUUUUGUUUUGAUUAUGUUCAUGUAAUUAAAAUUGUUAGUUG